UCCUUAAAUUUCAAGAAAAUCCUUUUCUUUUACAAAGAUCAGUGGAUACAAAAUAUUCUCAGAAAAAAAAAUUAUAAAAUUGAAAAAAAAAAUCCACCUCAAAUUUACACUCCCUAUAUAAAUACACACCGCCCAGAGAUCUCCACCUCCUUCUCGGCACCGGCAAAACACUUCCCAAUGGCGAGCCAUUUCCACACUAUUUACCCGACUGUCGCCUCACGCGCCGCCGUCCCGGCAACCCAAAAGCACCACCUAGAAUACCCAUUUUCCUUUUCUACUAAAGAAUCUCCGCCGGCCUGGAAUAGCCUCGUGUGUAGCAGGAAGAGCUCAAGAAUCAGAGUCUCGGAUGGAGGAGGAGAGGAAUUGUCGUAUUUGGACAUGUGGAAGACGGCGAUGGAUCGCGAGAGGAAGUCUCUGGAUUUCCAGAAGAUCGUGGAGAACAGUAGAAAAUCCAGCGACGAUGAAGACGACGACGGCGCCGACGAGGAGGACAGCCCGGAAGCGAUGGAGAGGAAGAGCAACGAGUUCCAGAAGAUUCUCGAGUUCUCGCCCGAGGAAAGAGAUAGAAUUCAGAGAAUGCAAGUCAUUGAUCGUGCCUCGGCGGCGAUCGCGGCGGCUAGGGCACUGCUGAAGGAGAAUCCCCGGCCUCAGCUGGAGGUUUCCGGCGAAAUGGAAUUUCAGAGUGAAGAAAAUGAGGAGAAUCAACAAGGAGGGUUGGAAAAUGGCAGCUUAUCUGUGCCACAAUCAAUAAGCAUCACUAAUUCAACGCCUGGGCCGAACUUCUGGGCAUGGGCACCUCCUGAUGAUGAUGACAAUCUGGUGAAAUCAGACACCAAAGCUUCUCCGAUUUCAAAUCUGAGCAGUCCUGUAAUGGAGAAAGAACGCUCUGCAGAUUUUCUGACAAUCCCGUUCGAGACUGCUGUUUUGGGGAGUAAAAUCGGUCCUCCUCUUCCCCCGCUUCAGUCACUCGUGGAGGUUGAGGAUUUGGGCACUUCUAGCGCUACGUUAGAUAUGCCUCAUCAAGAGGAGGAGCAUGAACUCGGUGUUCAGUUUUCAACGCACGCGGCUGAAGCUGCUCUUGCACUGGAUCAGGUCGAGGAGGCUUCUUCGGACGGAGUCAAUGCUGAUGGAUCGAGGUGGUGGAGGGAGACGGGAACUGAACGAAGACCGGAUGGGGUCAUCUGCAAGUGGACGGUGAUUAGGGGCGUUAGUGCAGAUAAAACUAUCGAGUGGGAGAAUAAGUAUUGGGAAGCUGCCGAUGAGUUUGGGUACAAGGAAUUGGGUUCUGAGAAAUCAGGACGAGAUGCUGUAGGGAAUGUGUGGCGUGAAUAUUGGAGAGAAUCGAUGGGGCAGAGCUCUGGGCUUGCCCACAUGGAGAAAACUGCGGAUAAGUGGGCAAAGAACGGGAUAGGUGAAGAAUGGCAGGAGCAAUGGUGGGAACAUUACGAUGCUUCUGGCCAAGCGGAGAAAUGGGCACAUAAGUGGUGCAGCAUUGAUCCUAACACGCCUCUUGAUGCUGGCCACGCUCACGUGUGGCAUGAAAGGUGGGGCGAGAAAUAUGAUGGGCAUGGAGGUGCGACGAAGUACACGGACAAAUGGGCUGAGCGGUGCGAAGGUGAUGGGUGGUCGAAAUGGGGCGACAAAUGGGACGAGAGCUUUGAUUUAAACGCUAACGGGGUGAAACAAGGGGAGACGUGGUGGGAAGGCAAAAGUGGCGAUAGAUGGAACCGCACGUGGGGCGAGGGGCACAACGGGUCGGGAUGGGUGCACAAGUACGGCAAGAGCAGCAGCGGGGAGCACUGGGACACUCAUGCUGAGGAAGAAACAUGGUAUGAGAGAUUCCCACAUUAUGGCUUCUAUCAUUGCUUUGAGAACUCUGUGCAACUCAAAGAAGUUAAGAGACCAUCAGAAUGGCCAUGAGAAGUGUGUUCUGUGCUUCUUUUUGUCAGUUCUAAUGCACACUUUAUGGUGUUGUUGCUUCAGAAGUUAUAAUUGUGGCCUUGCAGAUUUGCAGGUCUUUUAGAUUAUAUAGAAGGCAUAGUUGGUAUAAAAAUGUUACUUUUCUCACUGUAAUCUGACCUUGAAAUGGUGUUCAAACCAUUCUGUUGCACUUUCAUAAUUUAUGCCUCAUAAUAUUAAUGCUUAUAACCUUUG